AUGGGUCUUGAUAGGGACAGGCGCAGCCUCGCCUCUCCGCCGCGCCUCGUCUACCUCUGCUGCCUGCUCUCGGUCACCCUCUGCAAGACGGUGAGAUACCGCACUUACGAGGAGGACGCGCCGGGCACGGUCAUCGGCACUCUGGCAGAAGAGAUGCACGUGAAAGCGCCCGGAGAGAUAAGUUUCCGCCUGAUGGAGCAGUUCAGCAACAGCUCGCUGGUCCGGGUGCGGGAGGGGGACGGGCAGCUGAGCAUCGGCGAGGAAGGGAUCGACCGGGAGCGGCUGUGCGGCCAGUCCCUCCAGUGCGUCCUGGCUUUCGACGUGGUGAGCUUGUGGCAGGAGCAGUACCGGCUGGUGCACGUGGAGCUGGAGGUGCGGGACAUCAACGACAACGCGCCGCGCUUCCCCCAGGCGCACAUCCCGCUCGAGGUGUCCGAGAGCGCCGCGCCCGGCACCCGCCUGCCGCUGGAGAUCGCCGUGGACCCGGACGUGGGCUCCAACUCCAUCCAGAGCUUCCAGCUCUCGCGCAACAGCCACUUCGGCAUCGAGGCGCAGCCGCGGGCGGACGGCGGGAAAAGCGCCGAGCUGGUGCUGCUGCAGGAGCUGGACCGCGAGACCCAGGCCGCCUACACCCUGGAGCUGGUGGCCCAGGACGGCGGCAGCCCGGCCCGCUCGGGCACGGCCACGGUGAGUGUCCGGGUGCUGGACGCCAACGACAACAGCCCGGCCUUCCCGCAGGGCUCGGUCACGGUGGAGCUGGGCGAGGACGCGCCGCGGGGCUCCCUGCUGCUGGACCUGGACGCGGCCGAUCCCGACGAGGGGCCCAACGGGGAGAUCGUCUACGGCUUCGGCAGCCAGGUGCCGGCCGAGGCGCGGCAGCUCUUCCGGCUGGACCCGCUCUCGGGCCGCCUGACGCUGGAGGGGCCGGUGGAUUACGAGCGGCAGCGGACCUACGAGCUGGACGUGCAGGCGCAGGACCGGGGCGCCAGCCCCCUGGCGGCCACGUGCAAAGUCAUCGUGCGCCUGGCCGACGUGAACGACAACGCGCCGGGCAUCAGCAUCAGCCCCCUGAGCGGCGCCCCCGCCGGCGCCGGGGUGGCCUACGUCAGCGAGGCGGCGGCGCGCGACAGCUUCGUGGCGCUGGUCAGCACCUCGGACAGGGACUCGGGCCCCAACGGGCAGGUGCGCUGCGCCCUCUAUGGGCACGAGCACUUCGCGCUGCAGCGCGCCUACGCCGACAGCUACGUGCUCGUCACCGCCGCGCCGCUGGACCGCGAGCGCAUCCCCGAGUACAACCUGACCCUGGUGGCCGAGGACCUGGGCUCGCCGCCCUUCAAGACCAUCCGGCAGUACACGGUGCGCGUGAGCGACGAGAACGACAACGCGCCGCUCUUCUCCAAGCCCGUCUACGAGGUGGCGGUGCUGGAGAACAACCCGCCGGGCGCCUACCUCGCCACCGUGGUGGCCCGGGACCCCGACCUGGGCCGCAACGGGAAGGUCCUUUACAGGCUGCUGGAGACACAGGUCCUGGGCGCCCCCAUCUCCACCUACGUCUCUGUGGAUCCGGCCACUGGGGCCAUCUACGCCCUCAGGACAUUCAACUAUGAGAUCCUCAAGCAGCUGGACCUGAGGAUCCAGGCCAGCGAUGGGGGCUCCCCUCAGCUGUCCAGCAGCGCCUUGAUCAAGGUGAGGAUGGUGGACCAGAAUGACAACGCCCCGGUCAUCACCCACCCCGUGCUCACCAACGGCUCCAUGGAGAUCGGGGUCUCCAGCAAGGCACCCCCCGAUUCCCUGGUGGCUCAGAUCAAAGCCAGAGACGCGGAUGAUGGGGUCAAUGCGGAGCUCACCUUCUCCUUCGUGGAGGAGCCGCAGCAGCAGCCAGAGCUCUUCGCCAUCAACAAGAAGACAGGUGAGAUCGUGCUCAGGGGGGACCUGUCUGAAGAGCUGGGGCAGGUGUUCAAAGUCAUCCUCAGCGUGACUGACAAUGGCAGGCCCCCCCUUGUCACCACAGCCACAGUCAACUUCCUGGUGACUGCCACGGCACCCUCCAGCAGCCAUGAGGUGGCCAAGCCAAGCUCCUGGGAGGAGAAGGCUUUGGAGUGGGACAUUCCCCUGAUUGUCAUCAUCAUCCUAGCUGGGAGCUGCACCCUGCUGCUGGUGGCCAUCAUCACCAUUGCAACCACCUGCAACAAGCGCAAGAAGGAGACUGAGAUCAAGAACAACGGGCCCCUGACGGAGCGGAUCGACAUCUCCCACCUAGAGAAGGGGAUGCAGGAGGAUAGCAGCCCCAGAGGGAAUGCGUUUGAAGCGCGAUCCUUUCCCAGCAAAGCUUCUUUCACCAACCCAGCCCCUUCUCCACCUGCAGAAGAAGUCUCCUCUUCUGAGACCAGCACUGUGAAUGCCUGUUUCUACGAGGGUCAGAAACGACUUAGGGCAACUAACGGGGAGCCCUAUGCCUCUUCUCCUAAUUAUAGCAAAGAAUCCACCCCACCUGUGGCCAUCUGGAAAGGUCAUUCUUUCAAUACCAUAUCGGCCCGAGAAGCGGAAAAGUUCAGUGGCAAAGACAGUGGCAAAGGCGACAGCGACUUUAAUGACAGUGACUCUGACAUCAGCGGGGAUGCCCUGAAGAAGGAUCUCAUCACUCACAUGCAGAAUGGAUUAUGGGCUUGUACUGCUGAAUGUAAAAUCCUGGGCCAUUCGGACCGCUGCUGGAGCCCAUCCUGUGGCCGAUCCAACCCUCACUCAUCUCCUCAUCCCUCAGCUCAGCUGUCCACCUUCUGCAAAAGCACCUCCUUGCCCAGGGACCCCCUUCGCAGGGACAACUACUACCAGGCCCAGCUGCCCAAGACAGUGGGUCUGCAGAGUGUCUACGAGAAAGUGUUACACAGAGACUUUGACAGGACAAUCACAUUGCUGUCCCCUCCUCGCUCUGGGAGGCUUCCAGAACUUCAGGAGAUGGGGGUGCCCCUAUACCAAGCCCCCUCGACUAGAUACCUAGCCCCCCAGACUGACACUAGCGAGAAGGUUUAA